UCUACGAAAUUAUCGAUCAUCCAUGAAAAAUCGAAAUGUCUCCUUUAUAAAUAUUUGACAAUGCCAUUCUUAAAAGUACAAAAAACUACGUGGUGCGAGCAACAAAUAGAAUCUUGCAAACGAAAUGGUUGGCGACAUGCUAUAUACACGCCUGAAAGGAAACGCAUCGUUAAAGCGCAUUAUAAGGGUGAAUGGAGAAACGAUAAAAGAGAGGGCAAAGGCAUAGGAGUAAGCAGGCGUUAUAUUAUAAAAUCCUGCAGCCAUGGCUGGAUGUAUGAAGGUGACUGGCUCAAAGAUCGCAAACACGGAUAUGGUAUCCUAAGUAAAAUUUCAGAAGACGGUAACAUACGUAAAGUAUACGCUGGAGAAUGGGUGGAAGGAAAAAAGCACGGAUUCGGGAGCAACUGGUUUAAGGACGGCAGCUAUUACGAGGGCACGUUUCGGAGAAAUAAACGGGACGGUUACGGUCAGAUUUGGUACAAAUGCGGCAGUAGUUAUUAUCAGGGCGCAUGGUUAAACGAUCGUUAUCAUGGAGAAGGGGUACUCAUUCAAGGUAUCGUAUCGUUAGUUAAGAAAGAGAGCAGACAUACACGUGGAACUUUUAAAUUACGAUUUCAAAACGGUAAUCUUUACGAGGGUCAAUUUAUAAAUGGCAAGAAGGAAGGUCGAGGAGUCUUCCAUCACUUUGACAGCCAUCAAGUCCAGAAGGGUCGUUGGGAGAAUGACGUUUGCGUCAACAGCACGAUAGAGGACAUCGACUACUACCGACAAUCAAGUUUAUAUCCAACGUUAUUACAUAUUCCAAGGAUAAAUGGCCAAGCAGUGCCACAUUUAUAA